UUUGUCACGUCUCCGUUAAUUCACCCUUGAAUUUUUUUUUUUUAUCGUAAGCCUCCUUCACCUCCACUGCCAACAAUCGAGCUGCCACCACCAGUUGCCCGCGAAGCUAGAAGAAACCCCAAUCCUCAAAACCCUCCAAAAUGAGUCUACUAAGAAACGCAGUCAGAUCGAGCUUCCCUGUCAGAGCUUUUAACCUAAAUCAUGCCGUCGCAUUCUGUCACCGCCAAUCGCCGAAACUUUUUUCCACCGAAGCCGAGCGACCACCAGCUUCAGAGGACUCUUCAAUCGAUCCAUUUCUUCAAACUACCGCCACAGGUAUGGUAUAUGGGAAGUUGUUUGGCAUCACAAGGCAGACUUUGAGGACUGACGUUAUCAAUUUGCUUGAGGGGUGCAAUUUGACACUUGAUGACAUUAAAGUCAACUACAACCGCGACUUUUUGCCUGUUGGAAUGAUGAUACAAUUCCCUUCUCGUCUAGCAUUUGAUAAUGCAUUCAAGGUGAUUGCAAAAAAAGGACGCUUAUACAGAUUGGAGAAUGCUGACCGUUCUCAAUGGGAUUUUCUAAUGCCUCAUGAUGGAAAAACUCUUUUACUUGAAGGAAUCCCUCGAAAUGCACAACUAGAAGAUGUAGAACGCUUCCUGUCUGGUUGUGAAUAUGAUCCAUCCUCCAUCCAGCUGACUGUUAGGCAAGGACUCCCAGAUCCCAUUAGAAUUGCACGGUUACGGUGCAGUACGAGGACUGAGGCUAUGAAUGCAUUCAUUACAAAGAACCGAGGCUUCUGUCUCAAUAAUCAAAUCACAGUGCGUGUUCUCCAUUAAUGCUUCUGUAGCCCCUUGGGUAUUUUGUUUAGGACUUUUUGGGGUACGACUUUUGAUAUGAACGGGACUAGAUUUAAUCUGUCUUGAUAUAACAUGAGAUUUGGGUAUCUCAAAUUUGCUGAGAACAUUUUAGAGCUUUAUUUUUCCAUAAGGCAAGAACAAUUUUUUAUAGUUUAAUUGUUAGAAAAGGCUUAAAACAGCUAUUCAGUUGCGUUGCUUGUAUAAUAUUAGAACACAAAAUUGUGGGGUGUUAUUUUA